AAGACCGGAACUGUCUCGGCAGGAAGUUAGUAGGGAUUUACAGACAAGCACAAACGUAAGAACUUGACACACUGAAAACCCCCGGAGAACAAGAGCUAUUCACUGUGCAUCCACAAAAGGCAAAAUUAUUUGGAAUAAAGAUGUGGAGGGCUGCAGUGGGACACAAUGUGGCUGUGUGUGAAGCAGGAGGAGAUGACUGGGAAACUGACCCUGACUUUGUGAAUGACAUUACAGAAGAGGAACAGCGUUGGGGAGCCAAAACAGUGGCAGGAUCUGGCCGUCCACAGCAUGUAGACAUAAAGCAACUGAGAAACAAGGUUUCCACAGAGCAUGAAAAUCUGAAAAAGAAGGAGCUUCAAGAUGGUCCACGUGCAUCAUAUGGAUAUGGUGGAAAGUUUGGAACAGAGAAGGACAGGAUGGAUAAGAAUGCUUUGGGCCAUGACUACCAGUCAGAGCUGGAGAAACAUUCCUCACAGACAGAUGCAGCAAAAGGCUUUGGGGGGAAAUACGGGGUUCAGAAGGAUCGCACAGACAAGUCAGCUGUUGGGUUUGAGUAUAAGUCAAAGGUAGAACAGCAUUCUUCUCAGCAAGAUUAUGCAAAAGGAUUUGGAGGGCGCUAUGGUGUCCAGACAGAUCGUGUUGAUAAGUCAGCAGUUGGAUUUGAAUACAAGACAGAGUUACAGAAACACUCUUCCCAGAAAGAUCAGUCUCAAGGUUUCGGUGGUAAAUAUGGGGUACAGAAAGAUAGACAAGAUAAAUCAGCUCACAGCUGGAGUCACAAAGAAGAAUUACAACCUCAUCAAUCACAGACAGAUUAUACCAAAGGCUUUGGGGGUAAGUUUGGGAUCCAGAAAGACCGACAAGAUAAAUCUGCUCAUAGCUGGAGUCAUAAAGAAGAAGUCAAACCUCACGAAUCACAAACAGAUUAUACCCAAGGAUUUGGAGGACGAUUUGGAGUACAAACUGACCGUGUAGACAAGUGUGCAUCAGGAUUUGGUGAAAUUGAAACACCCAGUUCUGCUUAUGAGAAGACCCAGCCUUUAGAAGCUAUGACUAGUGGGGCCCAUAAUCUUAGAUCUCGCUUUGAGAACAUGGCUCGAACAGCAGAUGAAGAGAAUAAACAGAAAGCAGAGGAGGAGAGGGUGAGACGACAGAAGAAAGAGAAGCAAGAGCAAGAAUUGCAGCUUAAAAGAAAGAUUCAUCAAAGUGCUGAGUAUGAAAAGACUCCACCGCCCCCAAGUUCAGUUCCUGUGCAAAUGCCGCGUGUUUCUGCAACACCACCACAACAGCCUCAUGAAAAAGAGAUAGAUUUGGAUCCAUUAUAUGAGAAACCACCCCCUGUGCCUCCCAAACUCCCCGAUAUAGAGAAUGAGAAAGUGCCCACUCCUCCUGAAACAAGUGAGAAUGAGGAAGAAACAUAUGAAGAUGUAGUAAUGCCAACAAAUGACACAGAGGAAGACUAUGAAGACAUUCCAGAUCUUCCACCAAGAACUUUUGAGGAAGAUAACGAGGAGGAUUAUGAAAGUGUUCCAGAUCUCCCAGUUGAUGAGGCUUUGUAUGAAGAGUUACCAAAUGAAGAGAGUCCUAUGUUAACUGCAUCUUCUCAACAUGCCAAUCAGAAAGGUGGCUCAGGAAUCUGCGCUGUUGCUUUGUAUGAUUAUGAAGGAGGUGGGGAUGAUGAGAUCUCUUUCCAACCUCAGGAAUUGAUCACUGACAUAGAUAUGCUGGAUGAGGGCUGGUGGUGUGGAAGCUGCGCGGGGCAUCGGGGGCUCUUUCCUGCCAAUUAUGUGGAGCUUCAGUGAGCUCCUCUGUAAACUUCCAAAGAUGACAUGGACUUUCUUUGUCUUCUCAGCUGUUAACAUUACAUUUUGAGCUGUCAUAAUCCUUAUCAAUAAACAUGCAUUCAAUGUAAA